CUUUAUUCAAACAAAUUAUAAAUCUCUAUAUUCUUUACUAUACACUGAGCAAGCAAUUUAACUACCAGAAGCAAAUGGAAAAUAUGGUGAAGAAAUGGGAUUCCAAAGUGAACUCAGCUUCAGAUAUAAGUGUUACCGCCAGAGGCACUCUCAGUAUGCUGAUGCAGCAUCUCAAUGAAGAAGAUAAAAGGCCAGUCAUUAAACUUAGCCAAGGUGACCCUGCUGCCUUUCCUUGUUUUCGCACCAGUCACGCAGCUGAAGAAGCUGUAAUUAACGCUCUUCGUUCAGCUAAAUAUAAUUGUUAUGCCCCAUUUGUUGGUAUUCCUCCCGCUAGAAGGGCUGUAGCUGAAUAUUUGUCACAUGACCUGCCAUACAAACUAUCUCCGGAUGAUGUUUAUAUAACAUCAGGCGGUGCGCAGGCAAUGGAAAUUAUACUGAGCGUUUUAGCUGGUCCUGGAGCCAACAUUCUGCUACCGAGGCCAGGUUUCGCUAACUAUGAAGCUCGUUGCGCAUUUAGUAAUCUUGAAGUUCGUCACUAUGAUCUUCUGCCUGAAAAAGGUUGGGAGGUAGACCUUGAUGGUGUUAAGGCUCUUGCAGAUGAGAAUACUAUUGCUAUUGUCAUUAUUAACCCAGGGAAUCCUUGUGGUAAUGUUUUUUCAUAUGAGCACUUGAAGAAGAUAGCGGAAACCGCAAUAGAGCUUGGUCUCUUGGUGGUUGCGGAUGAAGUCUACGGCCACCUCACUUUUGGAUGUACUCCAUUUGUGCCGAUGGCAGUGUUUGGAUCAUCUAUUCCAAUUAUAACUCUUGGCUCAAUAUCAAAGAGAUGGUCUGUUACAGGUUGGAGACUCGGUUGGCUAGUGACCUGCGAUCCCACUGGCACCCUUCAAAAAUCAAGGAUUGUUGAGUGUAUAAAUUCUUCCCUCAAAAUCAUCUCAAACCCAGUAACAUUCAUUCAGGGAGCGCUUCCACAAAUCCUUGACCUUGAGAAAACCAAUAGCGAUUAUUUCUCGAUAAGUACUAAUCUACUCAAGGAAGCUACGGAAAUUCUUUGUGAUAAAAUAAAAGAGAUUCCUGGCAUCACUUGCCCAACCAAACCGGAAGGCUCUGUGUUUGCAAUGGUGAAGUUGGACUUCUCUCAGCUAGAAGACAUUGAUGAUGAUAUGGACUUUUGUGUGAAGCUAGCCAAGGAGGAGUCAGUCAUUGUCCUACCAGGUGUUAUUGUUGGACUGAAGAACUGGCUUCGUAUAAGUUUUGCCACUGAUCCAAAGUAUCUUGAAAAUGGGUUAGAGAGGGUGAAAUCCUUUUGCAAGAAGCAUUUCAAGAAGCAUUUUUAUUAGCCACCAUCAGUUUGGCCUCUUGGUCAUCUCUUAUUGGAUGUUAGAUGUUUCUUGCUUAUCACCAUGGUUCUUUUUCACAAUAUAUGUCGGUGUGCUAGUAUGCUUAUGUUCUGUGUUUUCCCUACCAAUGGCUAGACCAUUAUAAUAAGUGGAAACUAACCACAUGUAGUCUUUUUUUUUUCUUUUUUUUCUGUUCUUAUUAUUAUUUUCUUGACUGUACUUUGUGUUCCCACCAGCUGUUUGAAUAUUAAAAUAAAUAAAACUUUGGUAUUAUUGUAUGCAA